AUGGCCCAGGACGCGAGACGAGGGCCGGGCCCCCGGGGCGCCGCCGUCCGGGAGGCGGUGAUGCUGCUGCUGUGCCUGGGGGUCCCGGCCGGGCGCCCCUACAACGUGGACACGGGGAGCGCGCUGCUCUACCAGGGCCCCCGCGACACGCUUUUCGGCUACUCGGUGGUGCUGCACAGCCACGGGCCCGAGCGCUGGCUCGUCGUGGGGGCGCCCACCGCCGACUGGCUGGCCAACGCUUCCGUGGUCCACCCCGGGGCCGUGUACAGAUGCCAGAUCGGGAAGAACCCGAACCGGACUUGUCAGCAGCUCCAGCUGGGUAGCCCUCAUGGAGACCCUUGUGGAAAGACUUGUCUGGAAGAAAGAGACAAUCAGUGGUUGGGAGUCACGCUUUCCAGACAGCCAGGAGAAAAUGGAUCCAUCGUGACUUGUGGGCAUAGAUGGAAAAAUGUAUUUUACAUGAAGAAUGAAAAUAAGCUCCCCACGGGUGGCUGCUAUAGAAUGCCCUCUAACUUACGAACAGAACUGAGUAAAAGACUAGCUCCAUGUUAUCAAGAUUAUGUGAAAAAUUUUGGAGAUAAUUUUGCAUCAUGUCAAGUUGGAAUAUCUAGUUUCCACAUGGAGGAUUUAAUCGUGAUGGGAGCUCCAGGAUCAUCUUACUGGACUGGCUCUGUUUUUUCAUACAAUAUAACUGCAAACAAAUACACGGCUUUUAUAGACAAAGAAAAUCAAGUAAAAUUUGGAAGUUACUUAGGAUACUCAGUCGGAGCUGGUCACUUUUGGAGUAGGGAUACCACGGAGGUGGUCGGAGGAGCCCCUCAGCACGAACAGAUUGGCAAAGCAUACAUAUUCAGAAUCGAUAAAAGGGAACUAAAGAUCUUACAUGAAAUGAAAGGUAAAAAGCUUGGCUCUUACUUUGGAGCUUCGAUCUGCGCCGCGGACCUCAACGCGGAUGGCUUCUCGGACCUGCUGGUGGGCGCCCCCAUGCAGAGCAGCGUCAGGGAGGAAGGCAGAGUGUUCGUGUACAUCAACUCCGGCUCAGGAGCAGUAAUGAAUGAAAUGGAAAUAGAACUCGUUGGAAGUGACAAAUAUGCUGCAAGAUUUGGGGAAUCUAUAGUUAAUCUUGGUGACAUUGAUAAUGAUGGCUUUGAAGAUGUUGCUAUUGGAGCUCCACAGGAAGAUGACUUGCGAGGCGCCAUUUAUAUUUACAAUGGUGGAGCAGAUGGGAUCUCAUCAGUCUUCUCACAGAGAAUUGAAGGGCUUCAAAUCAGCAAAUCCUUAAGUAUGUUUGGACAGUCCAUAUCUGGGCAAAUUGAUGCAGAUAAUAAUGGAUAUAUGGAUAUAGCAGUUGGUGCUUUUCGGUCUGAUUCUGCUGUGUUGCUAAGGACAAGACCUGUAGUGAUUGUCGAAGCUUCUUUAAACCAUCCUGAGUCAGUAAAUAGAACACAUUUUGACUGUAUUGAAAAUGGAUUGCCUUCUGUGUGCAUGGAUCUAACACUCUGUUUCUCAUACAAGGGCAAAGAGGUUCCAGGUUAUAUUGUUUUGUUUUAUAACAUGAGUUUGGAUGUGAGCAGAAAAGCGGAGUCUCCAUCAAGGUUUUACUUCUCUUCUAAUGGAACUUCUGAUGUGAUUACAGGAAGAAUGAAAGUAUCAAGCACAGUCGCUAACUGUAGAAAACACCAAGCAUUUAUGCGGAAAGAUGUGCGAGACAUCCUCAAUCCAAUUCAGAUUGUAGCUGCUUACCACCUUGGGGCUGAUAUCGCCAGUAAACGAAGUAAAGAGGAAUUCCCACCGCUCCAGCCAAUUCUUCAGCAGAAGAAAGAAAAAGACAUAAUUGAAAAGACAGUAAACUUUGCAAGGUUUUGUGCCCAUGAAAAUUGUUCUGCUGAUUUACAAGUUUCUGGGAAAAUUGGAUUUUUGAAGCCGCACGAAAAUAAAACCUAUCUCGCUGUUGGAAGUAUGAAGACAUUAAUGUUGAAUGUGUCCUUGUUUAAUGCUGGAGAUGAUGCAUAUGAAACAACUCUGCACAUCAAACUACCCACUGGUCUUUACCUCAUUAAGGUUUUAGAUCUGGAAGAGAAGCAAAUAAACUGUGACGUAACAGACAGCUCUGGCCUAGUGAAAAUUGACUGUAAUGUUGGUUAUAUAUUUGUAGACCAUCUCUCAAGGAUAGAUGUGAGCUUUCUGCUGGAUGCGAGCUCCCUGGGCAGAGCGGAAGAGGAUCUCAGCAUCACAGUGCUUGCCUCCUGCAAAAAUGAAGGGGAGAUGGACCAUCUGAAGCAUAACAAAGUGACGUUAGCAGUACCUCUGAGAUAUGAGGUCAUGCUCACGGUGCACGGGUUUAUAAAUCCAACUUCACUUGUGUAUGGAUCAAAGGAGGACCAUGAGCCCGAAACGUGCAUGACAGAGAAAAUGAACUUCACGUUCCAUGUUAUCAACAGUGGCCCUAGCAUGGCUCCAAAUGUUAGUGUGGAAAUAAUGGUCCCAAAUUCUUUUAUCCCCCAAACUGAUAAGCUGUUCAACAUUUUGGAUGUCCAGACUAGUUCAGGAGAAUGCCAUUUUAAAAAUUAUCAAAGAAUGUGCACGUCAGUAAAGAAAAGAGAUGCGAUGGAGGCCCUAAGAGACAUAUAUAAAUUCUUUUCGAGGACUGAUAAGAGGUUAUUGUUCUGCACAAAAGCUGACCCACAUUGUUUGAAUUUCUUAUGCAAUUUUGGGAAAAUGGAAAGUGGGAAAGAAGCCAGUGUUCACAUUCAGCUGGAAGGCCGGCCAUCCAUCUUAGAAAUGGAUGAGACUUCAGCACUCAAGUUUGAAAUAAGAGCGACAGCUUUUCCAGAGCCAAAUCCAAAAAUUAUUGAACUAAACAAGGAUGCCAGUGUUGCACACGUUUGGCUUGAAGGACUACAUCAUCAAAGGCCCACACGUUAUUUGACCUUAGCGAUUAUUUCAAGUAGCUUGAUACUUGGACUUAUUUUACUUUUGUUGAUUUCAUAUGUUAUGUGGAAGGCUGGCUUCUUUAAAAGACAGUACAAAUCCAUCCUACAAGAAGAAAACAGAAGAGACAGUUGGAAUUACAUUAACAGUAAAAGCAAUGAUGAUGCUGAUUAA